GCGUCACCGAGGCAAAGCAGCGAGGAGGAGGCUGUUGGCUGGCUAGAGGGAAGAGCUGGCGGAUGGCAGCAGCAGCCGCCCAGACGCAGAGGCAGAGAGACCCUGGGCACUGCUAGGUAAUAGCCACCUCCAUUUGGAAACCCCCCCUCCUCUUCGCAGGCCACCCCCUCCAAAGGACAAGGAACUCCCCCUCUCUCGCUUAAGGGAAGAAAGAAGAUGUGCAUGGGGGAGACAGGAUCUUCGCCACUGAGCUCACCGUGAAGGAAGAAGGGAGUGGAAAAAAGGAGGGGAAGGAGGAAAAAAAAAAAGCAAAGCAAACCGGGCGAGCCAAGCGAAAGGAGCUGCUUUUUUUUGUGAGUGUGUGUGUGCUGUGUGUGUUGGUAGCCGAUGCAAGGACUGGAAAGGCUGCCUUGGAGGAGGGGAGCUGCAGCCAGAAGAGAAGGACGAAGAGCUAAAGGCUGCAUUAGCAUUUACUAGAGAGAGAGCGAGACAGCGGAGAGACUGGGGGGGCUGGUGAUCAUUUCAGCUCCUGUCAUUAUAGGAUCAUCCCCUGUCACUUCUCACCCGUCCGUCGCUUUUAUUUUUUAAGGGCUGGGUGGGAGGAGAGGUGGGGGCAACUGUAUUUAAAAAAAACCAAAACCUGUCCCUAGCUCCUGGUCUUUCUGAAAGACAGGCAGACAGAGAGGGAGCGGAUCAAGCCUUUUGGAAGGAAAGACAGACUCCCCACUUUUUAAAAUACAUAGAUCUAUAUUAGCAACCGCCUUGAGGAUUUUUUUGUGUGGAUUAAAAUCUUUGAUAAGAAGAAGGAAAAAAAGGAACAGGACGAGUUGGGCUUUUUUUUUUUAAGGAUGUAACACUCUUGGAUGCAUUUUUAUUUUUUAAAACAUUUUGAUUAUUAAUUCCAACGUCCAAAUUUUAGGGUUUUAAAAACAUGCUACGUUAUUUUGGCUCUUUUUUAAAAAAAAUCCACCCUAUCUUAUAGAAAUUCCUUUUUUCCCAAUCCCCCCCAAAAACCUUUUUUGAUGGAAUCUGUGGAUAUGUUAUUACUAAGGAAAUAGUUUUUUUUUUAAUCUUGUGCCUUGGUUUUGCAACAAAAAAAUUUUGGGGGGGGCGGGGAAGACCUUUAUUAUUUCUUUUUCUUUUUUAUUUCAAACAGUCAUCCUCGUCUGAAACCAAAUGUGAUCUAAAGGUUUUGCAAUCGCUUUGACAGACCGGCAACGCGAGAAGAUCUGUUAUUCCCUUCUCUGUUUGGGGGGCAUGUUUUCUGCAAUUCUUCUGUUACACUGAACAUUGAUCCUCCCCCAUGUCUUUCAGUUUAUAUUUUUUCCCAGUUCCUAUAUAAAGGUGGAAAAUAAGAUUUUCCGUGGAUUUUUGAAGGAUUUAAGAGAGACGGAGGAACCCCCCCAACCCUUUAAGAGACUGGCAUAUGUUACAGAUUGCUUUAGUUCUUCCACCACCACCUACCCUCCUCCCCACUCCAUCCCUAUCAUUUCAGGCUGCUUGUGUUUGCUGCCUGGACUCGGAUCCCGGAUUCUUCAUGAUUUGCGGACGACAUGCUCGUUUUUUAGCCGGGAAACCUUCUUCUCGUCCCGCAUGUUCAGGACCAAACGAUCGGUGCUCGUCCGGCGACUCUGGAGGAGCCGUGCGCCCGGCGGCGGGGAGGAGGAGGAAGGUGAGCCCGGUGAAACAGCAGCGGACAGCCGGGCGCAUGGGGCUGGAGGCGGCCGGGGCUGCUGCAUGGGCAAGUCGGGGAAGAUCACCAAGGCUCACCUCGGCUCGGAGGCGGAAUUGAAAGCGCUGACCCACGCGGUCCUGAAGAGGCUGAAGGAGAAACAACUGGAGGUGCUCUUGCAAGCGGUGGAGUCCAAAGGGGGCGCGCGGACCUCCUGCCUCCUCUUGCCCGGCAAGGUGGACUCCAAGCUGGGUCAGCAUUGGUACUCUCUCCCUUUGCUGCUGUGUAAAGUAUUCAGGUGGCCAGAUCUCAGGCAUUGCUCGGAAGUGAAGAGGUUAUGUUGCUGUGAAUCUUAUGGAAAAACUCACCCGGAGCUGGUCUGCUGCAAUCCCCACCACCUCAGCAGGCUCUGUGAACUAGAGUCUCCCCCUCCACCCUACUCCAGAUAUCCAAUGGAUUUUCUCAAACCAACUGCAGAUUGUCCAGACUCUGUGCCUUCCUCCACUGAAACAGGGGGAACUAAUUGUCUAGCCCCUGGGGGGCUUUCAGAUUCCCAAGUUCUUCAGGGGCCGGGGGAUCGGUCACACUGGUGCGUGGUGGCAUACUGGGAAGAGAAAACGCGUGUGGGCCGGCUGUAUUCUGUCCAAGAGCCCUCCCUGGAUAUCUUCUAUGAUCUACCUCAGGGGAACGGCUUCUGCCUCGGACAGCUCAAUUCAGACAACAAAAGCCAGCUGGUGCAGAAAGUCCGCAGCAAAAUUGGCUAUGGCAUCCAGCUGACUAAGGAAGUGGACGGCGUGUGGGUAUACAACCGCAGUAGUUACCCUGUCUUUAUCAAGUCGGCCACACUGGACAACCCCGACUCCAGGACGUUGCUGGUUCACAAAGUUUUCCCAGGAUUUUCCAUCAAGGCUUUUGACUAUGAGAAGGCAUACAGCUUACAGAGGCCUAACGACCAUGAGUUCAUGCAGCAGCCAUGGACCGGAUUUACUGUUCAGAUCAGCUUUGUGAAAGGCUGGGGCCAGUGCUACACAAGACAGUUUAUCAGCAGUUGCCCAUGCUGGUUGGAGGUUAUUUUUAAUAACCGAUGACUUGAGACAGAGUGGACUCAUGACAUUAUAACUACUUUGCUGCUAAUAUUUCCUUCUGAGUGCUUGCUUUUCAUGCAAACUUUUUUGUUUGUUUGUUUGUUUUUGUGUUUUGUGUUUUUUUCCCCCCCUCCCCUGUUUUGAGAAAUAGCUUAUGGAAAGAUUUUUGCCUUGGUAUUUCGAUAAAUAUAUAUUUUUUUUAAUGUGUGAAUGACCAAUAACUCAGAAGGGGGAGGAGAAGGUGUGGGAGGGGAUUACAUAAAAUAAUCAUUUAAUGCCUCUGAAAUUAUUACCCCAAGCGACUGGUGGAAUUCAGUCACACGCUGUUUGUUACAGCUCCCUCAUAAAAAAGGGUUUAUACAUAUGUUUUUGACACACCAGAGGUCUUCUGCUGCCAGACGUCUCGUCGCCCCCUUGUCCUGCUGAGUGCGCACACACACAGGGCUGUCUUGCUGCAGCUUCCCCCUCAGUGGCAACCACCUGCAUUGUCCCUGACACAGAACAAAUGUAUGUGCCGGUGCACCCAGGAGGCAUCAGGAGCCAACGCAGCAAAGUGAAACCGUAUCGUUCAGUUCCUUGCUCCUUUUUUUCCCCCCUUCUUCUUCUUUCAUGUAUGCUUGUUGCUUUAUUUAAAGAUCACGUCUUGUCACUGUUAUGCCAACAGUCCAUGGUGGCAGCAUGGGUUUUGGAAGACGCAUGCCCACACUUUGAGUGCUUUUAUUGUUUUAUUGAUACUAUGAGGAAAAAAAACAUGCAUGGCCCAUGCUUUUCAAUUUGAGCUGAGAUGCAACCUUGGUGAGAAAACAUAAGCCUACAAAAAGAAAGCAAACAAACAACAACAAAAAUGGGGGGGGGGGGGAUGUAUUCAUGAUCUUUGGUCCAUCGUAACCUGCCGUGAUCAGGUUAGAGCGGUACCAGUCGUAUCCAGAAAUGCAGUCGCUCUUUCAUUUCUUCUUGAAUUCAUACGCUAGUAUGAUACUUUUACACUGUUCUUAGCUCAAUGAGCAUGUUUAGACCUUAACAUAAGCUAUUUUUCUAAAUAUAAAGGUUUAAAUGAACAAGAGAAGCAUUCUCAUUGGAACUUUAGCAUUGUAGUGCUUUGGAAAUAAAACAAAAGAAAACGAAAAAAAAAAAGGACUCCUUCAAAAAAAAACCCUUGAGAUUUAUUAAAGAAAAAAUGUAUUUUAUGUUAUAUAUAAAUAUAUUAUUACUUGUAAAUAUAAAGACUUUUAUAAGCAUCAUUAUUUAUGUAUUGUGCAAUGUGUAUAAACGAGAAAAAUAAGAAAGAUGCACUUUGCUUUAAUAUAAAUGCAAAUAACAAAUGCCAAAUUAAAAAAACAAACAAAAAACACGAGAUUGGUGUUUUUUCUAUGGGUGUUAUCAUCCAGAU